CACCGCGCCUUCUUAUACGCAACGCACCUGGAACUCCCCUCCGUCCACACCCCGUCUCGCCUAUCGUCGUUCCGUCAUGGAGUCCUCCUGCCUGGGAAAGCGCAGGCUGAACGGCGCCGAGAGGGCGCCGCCCGCGUUCCUCCCGCUGGGGUACGAGUACGGCGACGCGGACGCGGUGGACCACAUGCCCCAUCGCUUGGAGACGGGCGAGAUGGACUUCUUCAAGAGAGAGAAGAGGGAGAGGAAAGCUGACGCCGCCGCCCCGGACGACCUCGGCAUCAAGGAAGAAGACAUCACCAUCAACAUGGGUCUGCACCACGUCGGCAGAUGGAAGAACAGGAGCGAAGAGUCCGUCGACGAGGGCGUCUCCUCCAACGACGGGGAUACGAGGGAGAUGAAAACUGAGCUGGCACUGACAAAAUCCGAGCUUGGACGCCUGAACGAAGAGAACAAGCAGCUCAAGAACAUUCUCACCAGGCUGACCAGCAGCAACUCCAACCCCCUCCAGAUGCAGAUGCAGGCCCUCACAACGAUGCAACAGCUAAGGAACAAUAUCAUCCAUCGAGGUCUUCGCGGAGCUCCAAGCCAUGAGCUGAACGUCGAUCCGGAGAAGAAGAAGGACCAGGAGGGGAGCCGCGGCGGCGGCCACCUGCUCCCGCAGCAGUUCAUCGGGCUCAGCACCCCCGCGUUGUCGUUCGACGACCCGCUGCGCUUCGUGGCCUCAGACGUGCAAGGCGGCGAGAGCUCAGCGUCCACCAGCAACGUGGAGCCGCCGCCGACGACGACGACCAUGGAAAUGAUGCCGCUGCCCGCGUUCGAGCACGGCCACCACCAGCACCUCGCCCAUGAGAGGGGUAGCAGUAGCAGCCCGGACGAGCCACCGUCACACCACCUGGCGGUGAAUCAGGGUUGGCUCUCGAACAAGGUGGCCAAGUUCCUUCCCGUCAAGGGCCCCGAGCCCGCCACCAUGCGGAAGGCCCGCGUCUCCGUCCGAGCCCGCUCCGAGGUACUCAUGAUCAGUGAUGGGUGUCAAUGGAGGAAAUACGGGCAGAAGAUGGCCAAGGGCAAUCCGUGCCCCCGCUCGUACUACCGCUGCACCAUGGCCGCCGGCUGCCCGGUCCGCAAGCAGGUCCAGAGAUGCGCGGAGGACACGACGGUGGUGGUCACGACGUACGAGGGGAACCACAACCACCCGCUGCCGCCGGCGGCGAUGCCGAUGGCUUCGACGACGACGACGGCGUCGUCCAUGCUGCUGUCCGGGUCGAUGCCGAGCGCGGAGGGCAGCAGCCUGAUGGCGGGGUCCAACUUCCUGGCGCGCGCCGUGCUGCCGUGCUCCUCCAGCGUCGCCACCAUCUCGGCGUCGGCGCCGUUCCCCACCGUGGCGCUGGACCUCACGCAGCCGCUGCCGCCGCAGGCGCAGGCGCGGAGCACGACGGAGCCUUCCCAGCUCCAGGCCGCGCUCGCCGACGCCGCGGGCCGACCGACGCCGCAGCUGUUCGGGCAGAAGCUGUACGACCCUUCCUCCUCCAAGGCCCCCGCCGCCUCGCAGGGAGCGGACGCGGCGGGCGACACCGUCAGCGCGGCGGCCGUGAUCGCGUCCGACCCCAACUUCCCUGCAGUGCUCGCGGCGGCGAUCAAGUCGUACAUAAGCGGGAACGGCAGCGGCGGUGGGAACAGUGGCACGACCGUGCUGCCGCCGCCGCCGGCGGCGAGCAGCGCCGACGAUAGCAGCAGAGAUGACAAGGCCGGGGAGCAGGGGGGCUGAGGUGAUCGUCCGUUUGCUUGAUUGCUCGGUUUCAAUUUCCUUCCGUCUGCGUAGUUGAGUUCCCACAAGACUCCAGUCUCCUCAGUUUCGAAGUAGGAGACGGAAAUUUUGCUCUUUUCAUUAUUUUACUCUAACGAUUUUGUUUUGGCUAGAAUUUGUAGUUACAGAAUCACGCAGUUCCGGUCGGUGUGCAACCAGUUUUAUUGAAUUCUUGGUAGUUGUCGAGAAAACUGAAAUUGCUGGAUCCAACUCUUCACCAUGCUGGUCCGACUUGUACCUUUCUUGGUUCAUGAACGUAUGUUUGUCAUUGGAUAUUCAAAUGUAGACAUAAUUUAAUCUAGAAAAUAACAAAUGAUUUGUAA